CUCGCAAGGCCCUUUCCCAACACACAUUCCUACACUUGCCAAUGAGCGACCACGAGGAUAUUGACGCUGGCCACAUUGACCUGGCAAAGGAGGAGCGGCGGCAGCGCGCCGGCGACGAGUACGGCGAGAUCGAAAAGUAUCUGUCAGACGACAACCAGGCCAGCGAUUCCAAAGACAAGGCCAUUUACGACAGCAAGGUGCACUUCUUCUCAGAAGCGGAGAUCAAGAAGUCCCAGGAGGCGUGGGCUGAGAAGCAAAAGGCAGCGAAGGCGCGCGCUGCCCAGUCGAUGACCCUCAAGGACUACCAGCAUAAGGUGAUGGUGGAGCAUGGCGGCGUUGUCGACGAGGACCGGGAAAUCCAGAAGAGCGUGCCGCGGACGCACGUGGCGGUCGAUGCCAGCGAUGACGAGGAUAUGGAUUCAGGCGACGAGUUCCUUGUCAAGAAGCAGAAGACGCAGGAGGAGCUUGAGGCAGAAGAGGAGGACUAUAAGAAGUUCCUGCUUGAGAACAUGGCGCGCGACGACCACGGCCGCAAAUCCGAGGAUGAUGCACCUGUUGAUGAUCAGCAGUUUCUGAUGAACUAUGUGUUGAACCGCGGCUGGAUCGAGAAGGGCAACAGCACCAAGACGUCAGCGAAGCGCGAAGCCAAGACGAUCAUCGACAAGGAGGAGGAUGAGCAGCUGAUGGAGCUGACAGAUAAGUUUGAGAGCAAGUACAACUUCCGGUUCGAGGAGCCCGGCGCCGACCAGAUCAUCUCGUAUCCACGCAACAUCGAAGGCUCAAUGCGUCGCAAGGAUGACCGCCGCAAGCUAGCGCGCGAGCGUACCAAGGAGCGCAAGGAUGAGGUCAAGCGCCAGAAGGCGGAGGAGCUCAAGCAGAUCAAGAACCGCAAGCGCAAGGAGAUUCUUGACAAGCUCAAGGAGAUCCAGGGCAUCACCGGCAAUAAGCAUGUGGGCGUCGACAAGCUGGAUCUGGACGGCGACUUUGACCCGAGCAAGUUUGACACCCAGAUGGACCAGAUGUUUGGCAACGAGUACUACGAGAAUGACAUUGAUGUCGGGGACAUCGUGCCCGGCGGCGACGACUUUAUCAUGGAUGCCGACUACCUGGAGGGCGGCACGGGUCCGAGCAAGCGUGCAGCUGAUCUCGACGCCAACAAGGCGGAGCUGAAGGACAAGGUCGCUGAAUACAUGGACGAUCUGUACCAGCUUGACUUUGAGGACAUUGUCGGUGGCGACCUCCCGACCCGGUUCAACUACGGCCUGUCAGCAGCAGAGAUCUUGCUGGCGGACGAAGAGAACCUGAGCAAGUAUGUAUCUGUCAAGCGCAUUGCUCCCUACCGGCCCGAGUGGAAGAUCGACGAGGACAUGUCGCAGUAUCUGGACAAGAAGCGCAUGAUCUAUGUGAAGAAGAAGGCCCGCCAUAAGCGCGAGGAGUGGGAGGCGGCUAGCAAGAAACGCAAGUCUGAUGAUGGCGUCGACGGCGAGAAGCGGGUGAAGAAGAGCAAGAAGAGCAAGAAGGACAAAUCCAAGGACAAGAAGGACAAGUCCAAGGACAAGAAGGAAAAGAAGGAAAAGAAGGACAAGAGUAAAAAGGAGGUCAAGGUGAUCCAAGAGCCCGCAGCCAAGGCCGAAGAGAAGCCUGUCGAGCCGGCUAAGAAGAAGAGCCAAGAUCGGCGCAGCCGCCAGAAGGCCAAGGCCAAGGCUGCCAAGACGGAGGCAACACCGGCUGUCGAGGAAGAGCCAGCGACCAAGGAGGACGUGCCGGUCGAAAAGAAGGGCAUGAACCGGCGCAGCCGCCAGAAGGCAAAAAAGAAGGCAGCCAAUGCAGCCUAAUCAGCAAGAUAAUAUUUUGAUCCAAGCCUGGGUUUUUAUCGCAGAGUAGGAAAAAAAAUCGCAGCCGUGCAUUUCGAAA